AUGAGAUGGGCUUCAUUGAAAAUAUGUAAGUCAGUUACGAAAUCUUAUCAAACGCAUAAAAGAUCGCUAGUUAGUGCUAUGGUGGAAGCUGAAGUAUGUCAGAGAUGCAGUUUGAAUGCCUGCACGGUCGUAUCUAGAAAGACACGGUUCUGUGAUGACUGUUUUACCAAAUUUGUGUUUUUAAAGCAAAGAAAGCAGAUGAUGUCCGAUGAUUUCUAUCAAAAUGUGUUUAAAGUGCUUUAUGCUGAUAAAAUAAGGUCAGCAGAAGAAGCUGAUCUGGAGAAUCAGAAAUCUAAAAUCCUGGUGCCGCUUUCUCUUGGCUCAUCCUCUUUAGUUGCUCUGGAUAUCCUAAACGAUACUUUAAGUGAGCAGAAACAAUCGCAUGGGAAAAAGGCCGGGUUCAAAGUGGAUGUGCUGAUAUGCUACUUAGGCGAAGAAUUCGAAGUUAUUACUAAAUUGGUUACCAAACUAAGAUCGGAGAGGUUUUCCACUAACUUGGACUGUAUGCAAUUCCACUUUGUGAACCUAGACCAAUAUUUCAGUGAAGCAGACGAGCUGCAUAGUAUCCUUCUACAUCAUGUGCAUUAUACUGCAAAAUAUAUCGAAAGUCAUGAUAAAUAUUGUCUGAGUGAUAUAUUGCAGCAAUUAUCGAAUAAUUCAUCCAGAGCAGAUCUUAUUAACAUAGUAAGAACCUAUCUUAUUAAAAAAUAUGCUUCUCAAAAUGCUAUUAAAGCCAUUCUCUGGGGACACUCUAUGACAAAACUUGCCGAUGAAGUCAUUUCACUAAUUGUAAAGGGAAGGGGUUCAGAAAUUGCAGAUUUAUUUGAUAAUUCGUCAUUGGAUAUACAAUACGGUUCUAGUUUUAAAAACCUACACCCGUUGAAAGAUGUGCUACUAUCAGAAAUCGAUGCAUAUGCCCACAUUCUCAAGCUGGAGAAAUACAUAUACAAUUAUACUGUACGUGAUACGCUACUGGUCAAUAAAUUUGUCUCCUGUGACAGUACCUCUAAUCCAGUUAAGAUGCCGAAAAACUCUACUAUCAAUGAAUUAGCUAGACAAUACUUUGACGAUAUUGAAGAGGAUUACUCGAACGUUAUUUCUACCGUUGUCAGAACGGGGAGUAAGUUGGGCAAUCCUCCUUGCCAGCUUGAGGAGAAACAGAGAUGUUCGGUGUGCAAUAAUGAUCUCUAUUUGGAUGCCAGUCGUUGGUUAGAAUCAAUUACAAUUAAUGAAGGGCACCCCACUGAAAGCAGCGAAGAAAAAGAAUACUAUAGAUUAUGGAAGGAGCAGCAACAAGCGGCUUGCGCGGAAAAACAAUCGCUAGAGGAAAGCAUUUGGGAAGAAGGUAAGAACACUAGUAUAUGUUACGGUUGCAUUGUGAUUCUAAACAGCUUGGAUAAUAGAACAUUGCAUUGGCCCAGUUCAAACCAUGAUGUUACAGCUGAAGUACUAGAAGAGUUUGUGAUAGCAGACGACGAUGAGGAGUAA